AUGCUUAUAGCCAUUAAUCCUCGAAGAGAUUUGAGUCCUAUUUGUGGAGAUGGGAUUAUUGAGCAUCCUGAAGAAUGUGAUGAUAACAAUAUUUAUGAUAAUGAUGGUUGUAAUAGUACAUGAUUUCUUGAGCCUGGCUAUGAAUUGAAUGGCAACUCCGUCCGGGACAAAUGUGGGGAUGGCCUAGUCAUGACCAGGGUUAACUUUACCAACUGCGAUGAUGGCAACCAAGUCGAUGGAGAUGGCUGUAGUAGUAAUUGUGUUACAGAAAAAGGAUAUAUUUGCUAUAAAGGAGGAAGCAGUCAAAAAGACUCAUGAUAUGCAAUUUGCGGUGAUGGAAUCACGCUUGAAGUAGAGCAAGACGAGAAUUUUUGUGAUGAUGGAAACUCAUUAGAAGGUGAUGGCUGCUCAAGAGAUUGAAAGGUGGAAGAGGGCUACUCUUGUGAAGGAGGCGGAUUGGACUCUCCUGAUAUUUGAAAGAAAGAUUGAAAAGUAGAAAAUUGAGUGAAGUGAGAUUAUGAGGAUGAGAAUAAGUGCAUUGUAUGCAGAGAAGAUGCUAUUAUGAAGAAUAAUCAGACUUGAUAUAAAUCACCUGUGUCUGAGAAAGCGAAGAAGAUGAAUCAGGCAACAAUGGCAGCUUCUGGAUCUGCAAGCUCUGUAGCCCUUGGCAUAUCUCUUCUCUCUUUAUCUUCUCCAAUGGCAGUUUGGGUUUUAGCAAAUCAGUUUCAAUUAUUUUCUUUAUUCUUGUUAACCAACACUGGACUUCCUCAAGAUAUCAUCGAGUAUAUCAAAGGUAAUGAUUUGUUCUCGUUCUCAAUGGACUUCAUCCCUUUCAGUAGUAGCACUAAAACUAAUGGUGUGAUGAAAAAUCUUGAUAAGGCUCAAAAGGAUCAGAGCCUAAAAAAUAUUGGGCUAAAGUCACAAAGUGCACUAAUUAAUAUAACAGGAUUGUUUAUUACUAUGUUCUUAUUAGGCUUGCUACAUCUGAUCUCUUAUUGCCUUCAAAGCAAUUCAGAGGCUAACAUUGAUCCAGAGAGUACUCGAGGCAAGAUAAACAAAGUUGUUGUCAAAAUAUAUGAAGCAUUUACUCUUGGAGUAUACAUCAGGUUUUUACUUGAAGCGUUCCAAUUUAUCUUGCUGAGCUCUGCAUCUGAGAUCAAAUUCUUUGACCUUUCGAAUUCCAAUAUGAUAGCAUCUCUGACAUUCGCAUUUGUAUUAUUUUGACUCACAGUAGUGUUCACAGUUUUCUCAUUUAGACAGGUAUUUUCUCCUUUGAAGACUGGAGAACUUGAAAGAUCCAAAUUGGAAGAGUUUAAUACAGGUCUUAAAGAUACUAAUUUUUCUCGAGUUUACACUCCCUUGAUCUUGCUUAGAAGAUAUUUCUUCAUAGUAUGGCUUAUUUGUUGGCUAAAUUCUGACCCGAUCUGAAUUGUAUCAGGUAUGAUAUGUUUCCAAGGUAUGUAUCUCUUCAUCCUGUGCUUGUUAAGGCCUGCUGAUGAUCCAGUCAACAAUCUGAUCGAGAUCAUCAACGAAUGUAUAUUUUCUGCUCUGCUUAUAAUUCUUUUGCCCAUCAAUUCUGCAUCAGAAUGGACAAAUUUGAUCGAAUCUAUAUUCAUCUGGAUAAUGGUAGGCAACACUCUGAUCAUCACUGUGAUUUUAGUAACCUCCUUUAUCUUUAAACUCAAGAAGAAAUGUAAUAAUCUGCCAGAGAAGAACAAAAUUGUGGAUAUUUCAGGGAAAGUUGUAAGCGAAAGUGUAAAAUUUGGGCAGUUUUAG